GCACAGUUACUGCAGAAAUGCACCGCGUCACUGUUCACAUGCUGACUUUGCAGGUUUGGAGCAGGUCCUACAGCACGGGGACGGGCACACUCUAGCCUCUGUUCAGAGCCGCCUGGCUGAGGAAGGGCGUCCCAACUUCUUCCCACUUAGGGGCUGCUGGUUCUUUCCCCCGCACUGGCGACGGAGGAAAAUUGGCCCUCUGCAGCCACCGUCCUCUUGAGGUCCGGUCCAAUCAAGGCUUAGCGGAAAGGGGCGGGACUGAGUGGCGCGCGCUGUGCUUCUACCUCUGCUUCUGCCUCUACCUCCCCCGGGUUGUUUUCAGCAUGGAGGAAAUUUAUGCUAAGUUUGUGUCACAGAAAAUCAGCAAGACCCGUUGGCGACCGCUAUCUUCGGGGAGCCUGCAGACCGCGGAGACCUUCGCCACGGGCUCUUGGGACAAUGAGGAAAAUUAUGUUUCACUGUGGUCUAUUGGAGAUUUUGGGAACGUGGACUCUGAUGGAGGAUUUGAAGGAGACCAUCAGUUAUUGUGUGACAUCAGACACCAUGGUGAUGUAAUGGAUUUACAAUUUUUUGACCAGGAAAGAAUUGUAGCUGCUUCAUCAACAGGAUGUGUAACAGUUUUCCUUCACCAUCCAAAUAACCAGACUCUGUCGGUCAGCCAGCAGUGGACAACAGCUCACUACCACGCGGGUCCAGGCAGUCCUUCCUGUAGCAGUGCACCAUGCACAGGUGUUGUCUGCAACAGCCCAGAAAUUGUCACAGUUGGAGAAGAUGGUCGAAUAAAUCUCUUCAGAGCUGAUUACAAGGAAGCUAUAAAAACUAUAGACAAUGCAGAUAGCAGUACACUCCAUGCUGUAACCUUCCUUCGAACGCCUGAGAUUCUUACAGUAAAUUCAAUUGGACAGUUAAAAAUAUGGGAUUUUAGACAACAAGGAAAUGAACCCUCUCAGAUAUUAUCACUGACCGGUGACCGAGCGCCGCUCCACUGUGUGGAUAGACAUCCCAACCAGCAGCAUGUGGUAGCUACUGGUGGCCAGGAUGGAAUGUUGAGUAUUUGGGAUGUAAGACAAGGUACAAUGCCUGUGUCUCUACUGAAGGCUCAUGAAGCUGAAAUGUGGGAAGUUCACUUUCACCCAUCCAACCCAGAUCAUCUCUUUACUUGUUCUGAAGAUGGAUCUCUCUGGCAUUGGGAUGCCUCCACAGAUGUACCUGAGAAAUCAUCGCUCUUUCACCAAGGAGGAAGAAGCAGUACUUUUUUGUCUCAUAGCAUUAGUAACCAGACUAAUGUUCACCAAUCUCUUAUAAGCUCCUGGCUCAGCACUGAUCCUGCCAGAGACCGUAUUGAAAUCACAAGCUUGCUUCCAAGCAGGACUUUGUCUGUGAACAGUUUGGAUGUUUUAGGUCCUUGUCUUGUUUGUGGAACCGAUGCAGAAGCAAUUUAUGUUACUAGACAACUUUUUUCAUGAAGCAACUAUAAGAUUUCAGGUAAAACAUACAGUUAGAGCCUUUCAAAUUCCAACUUCUAUGCAAAUUUUUAUUGUUAGCAAAUGUGAACUUUACAGGGGAAGCGUCCAUAAACUAUCGUUAAUGUUUAUGCCCUGUUUUGGCUUGUUAGUUGAAUAUUCCUCUAACAGUUGUUAGAGUCUAGUUGAUAACCAAUGGCAAAAUAAUUGAAACGUGUGGAAGAAUGUCAGAGGGAUCCUUGUGCUGAUAAAUGUAGCACUUUCAAAACAAUUCUGGACAGCUGUGGAACCAACUCUACAUUUUUGAUGACGUAGGGCUUAAUAAUGUCAAACCACCAGUGGGUUCCUAAUCCUUUUUAUCAGCAGUAUGUGGGAUAUACCCCGCCCUGGUGGCAUUAGCCCUUGUUAGUCUUUAUUCUUUUUACUGCACAUGUUUUCUGCAGUUCCUCCACAUUUUAUUUCCUUAGUGAUUUUAAUAAACUUUUUCAGAAAGA